UCCCGGAGCCGAGCGGUAUUUACGGCGCGCAGCGGGGCUGGAGGCGGCGGGCGCAGCGGGAGCCAGCGGCUGGCGGGGUCUGUGCGCGCUCGUCUUAGCAAAGCGGCCGCCGUGCGGGAGUGAAUUCGAGAGCUCAACCCAGAGUGCGGCCCGAGCGGAGCAAAAGAACCGGUGCCCACAGCGUCGGCCGGCCCCCUCGUCUCGUCGGCUCUCCCUCCAGCCGCCUUCCAUGCUCGGGACGCUGCCUGUCCCCUCGCCCCGUCGCUGACGGCGCCCGCCUCCCUCGGCUGCCCUCAUGCCCUGCGCGCUCCGGGAGUCGUAGGCUGCAGCUGCCCGCGGCUCCGGGACCGGCGGUGGCUCCGCGGCCGUGGGGGCGUCAAUGGAUCGCCAUUCCAGCUACAUCUUCAUCUGGCUGCAGCUCGAACUCUGCGCCAUGGCCGUGCUGCUCACCAAAGGUGAAAUCAGAUGCUACUGUGAUGCUGCCCACUGUGUGGCAACUGGCUAUAUGUGUAAAUCUGAGUUGAGUGCCUGCUUCUCUAGGCUUCUUGAUCCUCAGAACACAAAUUCCCCACUCACCCAUGGCUGCCUGGACUCUCUCGCAAGCACAGCAGACAUCUGCCAAGCCAAACAGGCACAAAACCACUCGGGCACCGCCAUACCCACAUUGGAAUGCUGUCAUGAAGAUAUGUGCAAUUACCGAGGGCUGCAUGACGUUCUCUCUUCUCCCAAAGGAGAGGCCUCAGGACAAGGAAACCGGUAUCAGCAUGAUGGUAGCAGAAACCUCAUCACCAAAGUGCAGGAGCUGACUUCUUCCAAAGAGCUGUGGUUCCGGGCAGCAGUGAUUGCUGUUCCAAUUGCUGGAGGGCUGAUUUUAGUGUUGCUUAUUAUGUUGGCCUUGAGGAUGCUGCGAAGUGAAAACAAGAGACUGCGGGAUCAGCGGCAACAGAUGCUCUCCCGUUUGCACUACAGCUUUCACGGACACCAUUCCAAAAAGGGGCAGGUUGCAAAGUUGGACUUGGAAUGCAUGGUGCCGGUGAGUGGGCACGAGAACUGCUGUCUGACCUGUGACAAAAUGAGACAAGCAGACCUCAGCAACGACAAGAUCCUCUCUCUCGUUCACUGGGGCAUGUAUAGUGGGCACGGGAAGCUGGAAUUCGUAUGACCGUGUCUUAUCUGAACUGAGCUUCUUGGACGCUUGAAGGCCUUUGAGUUCCGCUGGACAGGAGCACUUUAUCUGAAGAAAAACAAACUCAUGUAAUCAACUUUGAGAGACAAGAUGACCUCUGCAAACAGAAUCUUGGAUGUUUCUUCUGAAGGAUUAUUUGCACAGACUUACAUACAGUCAAAUGUAUUUUUUGCUUUGAAAUUUUAAAAAGCAAAGAGAAGACUAUGUACACACUGUCACCAAGGUGAUUUGCAUCUGAGGGAGCUGGAAUGAGCACCUAAAUAAACCAAAAUGUGUUGUAUGU